AUGCCUUCCAACGCGGCACUCGAUGCCUUGGGCCAUGCUGUGUCUGGUUCAAUUGGCACCGGAAUAUCCACAGCUGCCAUUUUCCCCCUCGAUCUUGUCACGACUCGAUUGAAAGCACAGCGCAGGCUGAAAGGGUCUGAGCAUUAUAAUGGUGUGGUGGACGGCCUAAGGGCGAUUGUCUCGCGCGAAGGUGGCAUCGCAGCUCUCUACCACGGACUCGGCCCAGAUGUUGGUAAAUCUUUGGUGGAUAGUUUUCUAUUCUUUGGCUUCUAUACCUAUUUGCGCCAAAGGACUCGCCACCCAACCGUAAUACAAGAGUUGGGCUUGGGAGCCCUAGCUGGGGCAUGUUCCAGGGCAAUCACAACUCCCAUUUCUAAUGUGGUUACUCGUAUGCAAAUGCAACCAGGUACAGAGUCACUGAGCCAGUCGCUGGAUGAAAUCAGGAAAGAGAGCGGGACAUCGGGCUUGUGGUCCGGUUAUUCAGCCACGCUGAUCCUCACCAUGAAUCCAAGUCUUACUUUUUUCGUCAAUCGGCGGCUUGCAAAGCGUGUCAUUCCAGCCCUGGAGGAGGAAGAUAUCCCAGUUGCGUGGAUCGCCUUCCUUCUAGCGGCGUUGAGCAAGUCGGCAGCUACAGUGCUAACUUAUCCCUUUCAAACUGGACGAACGCGUUUGCAGAUGCCGACUGAGUUGGAUUGCGAAGACCCGCUGGAUGACAAGAAGAACCAAAAGAAAAAGUCCCUCCUCUCCCAGCUACUUGUGCUAGUUGAAAAGACGGUAUUUGGUGUCAUCUUGCGAAUAAUCAAUAAAGAGGGCUUUCGCGCUCUUUAUGAUGGCCUCCAGGGAGAGCUGCUCAAGGGCUUCCUGAGCCAUGGUUUGACAAUGGUGACCAAAGGAUUUCUGCAUCGCCUUGUUAUCCGAUUAUGGAUUCUUUCACAGCCGCAGCUGCGCAAGCGCCUACAACAGCGACAUUAA